AUGCGGCAGGGCCGGGCCGCAGGGCUGGCGGGGCUGGCCGCGGUGCUCCUGGUGGCUGCAGGGAGAGCCCAGGUGCAGCAGGAGCCGUGGGCAGAGACCAGGGAUGGCACCGGCAUCAACAUCACCUGCUCACACCCCAACAUCCAGUCAAACGACUACAUCUAUUGGUACCGUCAUCUCCCGGGCCGAGGCCCCGCAUUCGUCGUGAGGGCUUAUAGUGGGUCCCAAGAUGUGACGGACCUAGCAGGGCGGCUAUCGGUGGCAGCAGAGCGCCGGUCCAGCGCCCUGUGGCUCGCCCAGCCCCGGCUUCGGGACGCGGCGGUGUAUUACUGCGCCCUGAGAGCCACGGGGAGAGGAGCCGGGGCUGCGGCCGGGCAGGAACCGUGGCGGGCGGUGCCGGGCGUGUGUGGCGGGGGCGAGGCAGGGGCACAGCCCCCAGGGGGCGAUGCCGCUCCGCCCGCCGGGACCACGUCGCCCCGCAGCCCCGGGGGGGGCCCCGCCAGCCCGGCCCCUCCAAGGCACUUCAGUUCUGCUGGAAGGGUCUGGAGCCUGGGUACAGCUGAACGGAGAUGGCACCAGCCUGGCAGAGGCGUGUCCAGGGAAGAGGCACUGAAACACAGCUCCUUUCUCCUGAGCCCUCCUUUUCCUCACGCUGCAACAAUCACCCUCUGGUACUGCCAACUUCAGGCCCCAACAAGGACCGUAUCAGGACAGUUUGGGUCCUUGGUUUAAUUCAGGGUAACAGUGUUAGGAGUGCCUCAGCGUGGCUGUCCAUUGACCACCUUGGGAUGUAUAGGAGAAGCAGACUGCUGUGAGGCUCCUGCUAGUGCCUGUCAGUGAGGGAUUUCCACCCCUGGACACUGCCAGGUCCUCCUGGGAGUCAGUGCUGGAGCCAGGCCCAUCUCCUCACACCUGUCUAUAAAGGCCUGCCAGCAUUGUCUCAGAAAUGCAUCGCAGAGGGGACAGAUUCCCAUCC